ACAAUAUUCAAAUGCAACAAGUAGGUAAGAAAAAAGUGUUAAACAUGAAUCUGAAUACCUAUACAAUUCAACCUCGUAUCUAUUAUCGCAAUCACAACACGAACAUUAGAUAAAAAUACAUAGUUACACGAGUAAUAGGAGAUUUUCGAGGCAAAUUCAGUAUAUUUCGUAACUCACAGUUAGUCAAACACACGAGGCUGUAUUGGACCGGCAUGUGAUUUUUUACUAACCAAAUCAAAGUUCGAACGAACAUCAUUUCGGUCUUCUCGAAACAGGUUUUGUGACGAUAAAUAUUGCGCGAAGGUGGUUGAGCUCUCACAUUGAACCUAUCUGGUUAUGUUGGUAACGUGAAAUGGAAGUAAAAAAUACACGCGGUUUAUCGAAAUUUGUUAAAAAACAGCAGGAAAACGAAAACCAUGAAAUUCGAGAAGUAUCCUCAGAUGACACACCUUUCUCGACUUCGAUAUGGUUUUCGAGACGAUUUUGGGUCGCUGUGGUGGUAUUUUUAUGCUUCACCAAUGUCGUAAUGUUGAUGUGCAGCGUGAAUAUCGCUAUCGUCGAGAUGACAUCGAGUAAAAACGUAACGAUAGGAAAUAAGACCGUUGAACGCCCGCCAGAAUUUGCCUGGAAUUCAGCAACCAUUGGGAUCGUUUCCAGUGUAUUUCUGUACGGAGAACUGUUAUCAUUUUUUUCUGGAUUUUUUGUAAACAAACUCGGUGGAUCGACCAGUGGCUCGUUGUGUAUGUUGGUCGGCGGUGUAUUGACGAUACUUCAACCGGCUACGUUGUACUUCGAUUAUAAUUUAUUUUUGGUGAAUCGUUUUGUGACUGGAUGUUUCGUGGUAUCGUUUUUCGUGAGUACAGCGCAAAUAUACUCUCAGUGGUUCCCAAAAAAAGAAAGAUCCACUCUAAUAUCGUUAUGUUACAACGGAUCCAGCGUCGGUGUAACCAUAUCCUAUCCUUUAUUUGGAUACGUAGCCGCCGGAUGGGGAUGGCAAAUGGUAUUUUAUAUGGCGGGUGCGAUAUCAGUCAUUUUCGCCAUAGUUUGUGUGAUUUUUGUGAAGAAUUGCCCUACUCAAGAUGGAUGUAUAUCCGACAAAGAGCUGCGGUACAUUUUGGAUGGCACUGAUGAUUUGCAACGCGAACAAAAUACUAGCCACCCUUACAGAAAGAUCCUCUUAUCAGCACCUGUACUGGCCGUAUGUUUUGCAAAAUUCACCUUACUAUGGAUAGAUGUGAUCGUAGCUGGAUGUUUACCACUUUAUGUUAAAGAUUUGACUGGAGAAAGCACAGACCAAGUAGGACUGAUAUCUUCGAUUCCUACCGCUGUUGAAAUCCUCAUCUAUCCGCUGGCAGGUGCAUUGCUGGACUUUUGGAAAAACAACACGGACAUAAAAUUAACUCGGAUGCACAAGAUAACCGUCAGUACAUCGUAUAUUUCGACCGGCGUUUUCUUUGUAGGUUUGACGUUGAGUACCAGUUUCACGUUAUCGAUGGCUUUCUUCGUUCUUAUUCAAAUCGCUCUAUCGGUCGUGCCACCGGUUUUAGAACCAAUCAUCGUGAAUGUAGCUCCAAACGACUCCAGUGUUGUGGCCGGAUUGGCUCUAUUUUUCGGUUCAAUUGGCACCAUAAUUGCCAGAACAUUAACCGGAUUUAUGACGAUAGACAAUACUUUACAAGAAUGGAACAACUGUUUCCUAUUGGCAAGCGCCGUUCUAGUCUCCACAGUCGUAAUAUUCGCCAGAUACGGAUCUAGUGAAGCUCAAUCGUGGUCUUCAACAUCGUCAUCGUUACCAAGCAGCACUGAUGGAGAACGUGAUCGUUUAAUCAGGGAAUAGAAACUACCUAACCUACCUGUGGAAUGUGAUUUUGAAAUCAACUUUCAUUUUUAAAAUAUUGAACAUUGAUUACCUACCUCUUUUAUUAUGUGAAUUAAAAAGCUAAUGUGAUUUUCAAAUAAACCAAAUUUUUAUUAUUUUAUUGCAAAACGUUAUCAUUUUUAAAAAAUAAUAAUUUAUAUAGGUACAUACUUAAUUACCUUUUGAAAUUUCGACUUUAUCAUCGAUUAAGAAACAUUUUUUCGUUCAAUUCAAAAAAUACGCGAAAUCAAAAUCAUUCAACCCGAAUAACUAAUUACCGACGAUUUAUGUACAAUGGAAUAAUAUGAUAUGGUGCGAUCAAAUAUGCAUGUACAUAGCACAAAUAGACGUCACAAUUGUAAUUUUAUACUCAAUACUGAUACUCUUUAUCUGUUUAAUUAGACGCUCACGUGCGUCUCGUCAUUUGAUGAAAUGUCUAAUCUUUUUCAAACAUAGGGAGUACCAAGGCCAGCUUUUUUUUUACUCAUGAAGGAGGGGAGAAAGCACAACAUCUGAGAUUAAUGUGCGUAUGCUUUCAGCAUCAAAAUGAAUAAUACAAAUAAUAUUUUAAUCUGGUAACGUGAUGGUGAAAAAAUCGCUCAACAAUUUCUUCCAUAAGCUAGUUUCUAUUAAAAAUUAGGACGUUUAGUGAGAUGAAAUCCAACGGUGUGAUCGAACCGGAUGUUCCAGAAAAGUUUCCAUAUAACAACAAUAACGAUAUACC